AUGUCACUCACAGGAACCUGCCUCUGCCGCGCCGUCACCGUUACGAUCAAGGACACUGCGCCGGUCAACGCCGAGGGACUAGAGGUGUGCGCGUGUACCGAUUGUCGACAGGCUACGGGAAGCGGCCGCGGUGGAGAGUACCUCCAGGUCACGCCGGAUAAUGUUACCUUUGCGGGAGAGGAGAGUAUCAAGAUGUACGAGAAGAGGACGGAUGCGGGAAACACUUUCCAGCGCCACUUUUGCACCAAGUGCGGGAGCUCGAUUUAUGGCAAGACGACGUUCCACGGUGGUAAGAUGGUGGUUGUGAAUUCUGGCCUCUUCCCGCCCGGAACGCUCCCCAAGCCCAGCAUCUACAUCUACCGGAGCAGUGCUGAGAAGUGGGACAAGCCGAUCGAGGGCGUCACGGCGCUGGACAAGAUGUAG